AUGAACAAAAGCAUCUUUGACCCCUGCCUGCACUUCGGCCAUGUCGUAGCAACAAAGACCAAGGAUGGAAAGACAUUCGAAGGAGAGCUCUACUGUUACGACACAAACUUCAAUUUUGUAAUAAUUAAGGAGGAUAACAAGAAUGGCACUGCCAAUUUUUACAUUAUCAAGAUGGACAUGAUCGCAGACAUAGAGAUACGAAGAAGAAUAAAACUCGUGUCUGACCCUCUUCCUCAAAUUGAGAGGUCUCUCAUCGAGAAGAUCGAAAAAAAGGCCUUAGAGAAUUUUGAAGGCGUCAAGGCACGCAUUGGUAUUGGCGUAACGCAGGAGGCACAGGAGCUCUUCGAUUUUAUAUGGAAAACUCACCCAGACUGCACUUGGAGCAACAAAGACAUUUUGGUCCUUAACGGAGAAGUCAGGAUCAAGCCGCCCUAUGGACCCGAUAACUGCGUGGCGAAGAAUGAUAACCUUAAGGACAGAUUCGCGACCGUGAUCUCGAAGUUUCGCCAGAAGAGGAAUAUGUACAAUUUGGCAUGA